AUGGCAUCCCAUCAUACGAUGCAGCAACUCAAAUUCAUCAUUCCCGGAGCGGCGGGGGCUUACUUCCUCGGGAUUGUGCAUGAACUCAGGAUACUGCUCGACGAGCCGAGCGGUUGGGCACGGACGACGGCGCUCACGACAAUAGGCCUCGGAUUCACGACUGUCUUGCUCUUUGUGUAUAUUCUGAUGCUCCCUUUGAUAAGGGGUGUCAUGCCCGACUAUCGGUCAUGGCGGCAGUCUGGUGUAUUAUCGAAAGUAAUACCGGUCCUCACGACAUCGAUUGUCCUGGGUUGGCUAUUGCUUGUAUACACUUUUGGAUACUAUACGAGUCUCGGAUAUUUCAAGGGCGUGAUUGGAGCUUCGUGUCUAUACGCACUGGUGUUCGGUUUUCUUGGGCUCAUCCCAGCUCCAAAAGUCCAUAGGAAUUAG